AUGGCAAAAGACCAGAAUACUCCUGCGAAAGCGAUCGUGCAUAAGUUCAAACCCCGCAGAGGCUUAAAGCUCGAUCAAGGACCACUUCGUGCGACUGUAGAUAACUACAUCGCUGAAAAGCUGAGCGAUAUGCUCACAUCUGACCCUAAAAGAUAUCAUCAUGUCGGAGUUACAGAUCUUGAGGAAGGGCAAGCAAACUUCACG